UGGAAGGAGAGCGGGUCAGCGCUCACACUGCGCCCUCCACUCACACACAUAUUAAAUUGCAUUGAGGGAUUUAAUUAAAGGACACGCUGCCUGGAGAGAUCCGACUGGCCGCGGGAUGAUCGAAUGAUAGCUGCAUCGCGGCUGGUGUGGUGGUGGUCGGCUGAAGGAGUGUGUAGCUUAGCUAGCUAACAGCAGUUAGCCGGGUUGCUACUUGAUUAACAGCUGGUGUGUAGCGUUACUGUAGCAGGUCGCAGCGAUGUUUGUACAGGAGGAGAAGAUAUUCGCAGGGAAAGUGUUAAAGCUCCACAUUUGUACCAUGGAGGGAACGGAGUGGCUGGAGGAAGUCACCGAGGACACUACUAUAGAGAAGCUGAAGGAAAAAUGCCUUAAACACUGUGCCCAUGGGAGUUUAGAGGAUCCUAAAACCCUGACGAACCACAAACUGAUUCAUGCAGCUACAGAGAGGAUCCUCACAGAAACCAAAACAGUUGCUGAUGAAAACAUCAAAGAUAAAGACUGUCUGUUAUUAAUAAAGAAGAGGCCGCCUCCACCACAUUCUAAAAUGACUGAUGUAUCUGCUGAGGAAAAGAAAAAACAGGAGAGUAAAGCCCCUGAUAAAGAAGCUAUCCUUAAAGCCACAGCAAACCUGUCUACUCGCCACUCUGACCGCACUGUAACACAGCACAACAUCAGAGACUUCCAGACAGAACUGAGGAAAAUUCUAGUGUCACUUAUUGAGGUAGCACAAAAACUCCUCGCUUUAAAUCCAGAUGCUGUGGACCUGUUCAAAAAAGCCAAUGCCAUGCUUGAUGAGGACGAUGAGGAGCGGGUGGACGAGUCUGCAUUACAGCAGUUGACUGAGAUGGGUUUCCCAGAGAGCCGUGCAGUCAAAGCUCUACGUUUAAAUCACAUGUCUGUGACACAGGCUAUGGAAUGGCUGAUCGAACAUGUAGAUGACCCGACAGUCGAUAUGCCCCCGCCAGGUCAGGAAGCUCAGGGAGCAACCAGCUCUGCAAUAGCCGCAUCCGCACCAUCAGUUCCGCCACCCUCUGGCGUAGCCUCUCAGCCGAGCGCCGCCUCUCAGUCCAGCUUGGAUGAUGCUAAGCAAGAUGAGCUGACAGAGAUCUUCAAGAGGAUUCGUAGGAAACGGGAGUUCAGGCCGGACUCACGGGCAGUGAUUGCAUUGAUGGAGAUGGGCUUUGAUGAGAAGGAAGUGAUCGAUGCACUCCGGGUCAAUAAUAAUCAACAGGACGCUGCUUGUGAAUGGCUUCUGGGUGACAGAAAACCCUCACCUGAGGAUUUGGAUAAAGGCAUCGAUACCAACAGUCCCCUCUUCCAGGCUAUACUGGAGAAUCCUGUGGUACAGCUAGGCCUCACCAACCCAAAAACACUCCUCGCGUUUGAGGACAUGCUCGAGAACCCUCUAAACAGCACGCAGUGGAUGAAUGACCCCGAGACCGGCCCGGUCAUGCUUCAAAUCUCCAGAAUUUUCCAGACACUCAACCGUACGUAGAACACGCUAGAACUCCAGAGCUACUGGAGGUGCUGCAAACAGGACACACUGGGUCACUAAUAAGGGAAGUGUUUAUGUGUGCGAAAGUGUGUGUGUGUGUGUAACUGUGUAUACAAGCUGUUAUGUUACAGGGACGAUGAAUGUAAUUAUAAUAACAAAAUGGGAAAUUUCAUUUUCUGAAUAUUAUACAGAGAAACAUAUCUAUUUAUAAAUCACAGAACAAUUGUACACAUGUAAACAGUAACUUAAUGAGAAAAUGGAUAAAUGCUAGAUUCCUUGUUUAUUUUUUACUUUUUAAUAUGAGCUGUUUUUAAUUAAGUACAUAUUUUAUUUUCUAUAGUUUCUCCUUGAUGUGAAAUAACCUCGGGCAUACAGAACAAAUGUUUACACCACAAAAACAUUUUAAAACUUCACUGUUUAA